AUGACGAGGGGCAAGUCCCUUGCCUUCGUGGGGGACUCCCUCGGCAGGAACCAAAAGGACUCGCUCAUCUGCCUCUUGACCACAGCGAGUUCAUUCGUUGAUCUCGAUCCAUCGAUCUCGAAAAAGGCCGCGGAGCCUACGACAACGAGGUGGCUUAGCAGCAAGCACACCGUGUACUACUACGGCGAGUACAACUUCACCGUGUCCCACUUCUGGGCGGGCGCCGUACCUCGGCACGAGCAGAUCGACGAGGACGGGCCAGCACACACGGGCGUCUGGAACCUCUACCUCGACGAGCCGGACGACGUCUGGUUCUACCGCCCGUCCAUGCUGUACGAGUCCGGGCGGCUCGUCGGCUGCCACUACUGCAAGCUGCCCAACGUGACCGACCUCACGCUGCGCUACGCGCUGCGCAUGGCCACGCGGGCCGCGCUGCGGGCGCUGUCCGGUGCCGACGGCAGCAGCCGCCGGUUCCGCGGCACGGCCCUGCUGCGCACCGUGGACCCGUCGCAGUACGAGGGCGGGGAGUGGAGCGGGGACGGCAACUGCGUCCGGACGGCGCCGUACCGGCGUGGCCAGAAGAGGGUCGAGGGCUUCGAGCGUGAUUUCCGCGCGCUGCAGGCGGAGGAGUUGGCGUCGGCGGCGAAGGCGGCGACGGACAGUGGCAGCAAGGUGAGGAUGCUGCUGAUGGACACGACGGAAGCCAUGAUCCUGCGUGCGGACGCGCACCCGAGCAAGUACCGGGGAUGGACGCCGGAGAAGCACUUCACCCUGCACAAUGACUGCGUGCACUGGUGCCUGCCCGGGGCCAUUGAUACUUGGAACGACAUGCUGCUCCAUAUGUUGAAAUGA